AUGUAUGUAUAUAUAUGUUUGUUUGGCCUGAAAUCCGAAUUCGGCCCGAGUGAGUCCGGCACAGGCUAUGCAAAUUUCGUUCUGAAGUGCCGGCAGCUAAUGCGAGUCCGGCGACAGAUCGACGGCGUCGGCCGGAUGAUGCUUCUGCCGGAGAGGGAUGCUGAAAAAAUCCUAAAGAUCCAGACUUUGAAUCCAAGCUUGUCAGAUAAGUGGAAGUACUCUUUUGACAUCAAGGGUUGCUUCCUGUUAGCAGUUCACCCAUUAUACCAGUUUCGAGGUUAUCCCCUUGAUCUCAGACUAUUGCUUUUGCUGGUUGAAUGA